CCAUGUCGAAGAGAUCAAGACUCAAGUCGUCAGACAUACUGCUCCCUGUACAACUCCAGAAAAUUCUCAGGCAGACAAUAUGUGUGGGAGCCAUUUAUUCAUCCUACUGACUCCUGCAAGCUCUCGUGCCGUGCCAGAGGCGAACACUUCUAUGCCAAUCUCCCUGAUAAGGCUGACAACGGAACUCCUUGUAAACUACAGUCGGUGGGAGAUGCAGUCUGUAUUAAUGGCGUUUCGAGUGGGGCUAGUCCAGUCGGGUGUGACGGAAUAGUGGAAUCAACAGCAGCCAUAGACCUGUGUGGUGUAUGCAAGGGAGAUGACUCCUCAUGUCAAACGAUCUCAGGUAUCUUCACCAGCACUCACCUGAAGCCAGGUGUGAACUACGUCAUCAGUAUCCCUAGAGGCAGCACAAGUAUCAAUAUCACCGAACUAAGGACCAGCAAGAACUUUCUUAUUCUACAGACCGUGGACGGCAGGUAUAUAAUUAAUAAUGAAACAGGAGCUUCAUCUGCCACUACUGUAGAAGCUGCUGGAACCAUCUUCAAACAUGAGGCUAAAGACUCGCCACGCAGGAAGGAAUCCAUCACAGCUCCAGGGCCGACUAACAUCACAAUAGUGUUGAAGAUACUAAUCAAGGGAAGAAAUCCGGGGAUUAUGUACAGCUUCAGCGUCCCUCGAGAUGUUGGGUUAGCUGUCAUUCAGCAAAUCAGACAAAGAUCAUGGCCGAUAGAGAUCCCACCAGAAACGGACAAGGACCUCAGUGUUCCUGAUUCUAGAUCACCAGACGGGAACUCCUCGCAGAUCAACCACGCAUCAAAACACAGUUUUGUUGACUGGCCUCUUCCACCCUUCAUGACGAGACCAACCCGGACUCAUUAUGUAGACAAAAGAGAGCGCGGUAGAAAAUAUGAUCCCAACGCUGAGCCGAAGAAGAUGUCUUUGACUUCACAGAAUGAAGUAUCCGUACAGAAUUUGUAUGACCUCUCAAGCACAACACGGUCAAUGUCUAUAGUUAGGACAGAAUCAGCAGCCUUUUCAAGGGAUGAAGUCAAUUUUAAUUCGGGGGACACUGGACGCAAAGCAAGCUGCCUCCCCGUAACAAUAAACACUACAAGUAUCCGCACUGACAAAGUGUCUAAAGUUAAAAAUAUUUUACUUAACGAGAGGCACAGUUUACCUUUAGAAAACAUCCUUAACAUAACAAAGCAGUUAUAUGAGCAAGUAGACGACAAUGUAAGCCUUUUACAUGUAAGCAAAAGUAAUAAUUUGAAAGGCCCAAGUUUAGGUCAUGGAGAAGUUAGUAUGUCAGAUUUGAUAUUAAAUAAAGAGCAUAGUGAAAAGGAAAAUGCAGACAGGGCACCAAGUGAUAAUGAAGAUCAAAACAGUAAUUAUCACACAACUCUCUCGAAUAUGAUUCAACAGACAGUUGACAAUAUUCUUGAGGAUCAUCAAGCGACCUUUGUCAAUAACGGUUUCACCCCAUUAGAGAAUGAUAUUUCAGAAAUGAAUGUACAGUCAGAGAGUAUAUCUUCAAACAAUCUUGAGGGUUCUAAUAACAAAGGAAACUGGAGCUUAGUUGGAGACUAUUAUGAUAAAAAUACUUCAGCAUCAAAAAAGUUUAACGCAAGCAAAAAUGCAUUCAACUUUAAUGAACACGGAAAGGCAUAUAGUACACAUAUGUCCGGAAAUGAAAAUCAAGCUAUCACUCAUGCGAAUAAACUAAAUGUUUCAGAAUCAACAAGUGAGUUAAACAUACCUAAACACUAUGGCGUGUUUACUUUCGAUAAGUACAAUUCCUCUCUUGUUAAUAACAUUGACGGGGACGUUGAUAAAAAAAAAGCCACCAAGACACACUCACAACAUGUUUUUGCUGCUGACAACUCUCGAUAUACGGUCCCCAGAUAUUCUCAAAGUUUUACGUUCCCUCACAGAUAUGCAGAUCACGUGACUGGGCGGUCAAGGCCUACAGUUAAACAUCAUCGGAAUCAUCAUAGUCAUAAUACACACAGCCUCGACAUUUCUAGCAGAACGUCUUUAGGAAAUGUUCAUCACAACGAUAACCAGUCAAGUCAAAGUUCUAAUAACAACUUUGAUCAUGAACACAACCAGUCUAGGCAAAGUUCUGAUAGUAACUUUGACCAUGAAGAUAACCAGUCAAGGCAAAGUUCUAAUAAUACCUUUGACAGAGAAGAUAACCAUGUAAGAGAAAGUUCUAACAGUAGCUUUGAUCGUGAAGAUAACCAGUCUAUGCAAAGUUCUAACAGUAACUUUGACCAUGAAGAUAACCAGUCUAGGCAGAAUUCUGACAGUAACUUUGAUCAUGAAGAUAACCAGUCUAGGCACAGUUCUAACAGUAACUUUGAUCUUGAGCGUGACCAGUCUAGGCAAAUUUCUAACAAUAACUUUGCUUAUGCAGAUAAUCUGUCUAGAGAAAGUUCUAGACAAAACUUUGAUCAUAAAGAUACAUUCUCUAAGACAAGUUCUAUCAGUAACGUCGAUCAGGGAGAAAAGCAUACCAGGAAGAGUUCUAUCAAUGCAGUGGAUUAUGUAGACACUAUAAGUUCACAACCUACAGUUUUGUUGUCCAGUGAUAAUGAUGUUACAACCAUAUCGAGUACAUUGCUGUACAAUUACAGAACUAUGCAGUAUAGCGUAUCGAAAACUGAACAAGGAAUAGAGAAAAUCAUUAAAGAUAUGCGUCAACCUAGCCAUAGCCCCGUCAUAGAACAUAGAAAACGGCGGUUGAAAGAGCAACGAAGACUAUACAACGAAAAAAUUAAAGAGAUUCAGGACAGGAUUCGACAAAAACAAGCUGAAAGAGCCGUUUCUUGGAGGCGAGGCCCGAUAGUUGGAGAUACUAAGGUAAAUAAUGAUACCAUCAGUUUAGGGAUCAGUCUUCACAGAAACACCGAGCUUUCAUUAAAAACAUCGGAAACGGAUAAAGAUACCUCGUUGAUGUUGUCACUGGACAAUUCCCCCUCUCUAAUCCACUCAAAAACUAAUCCUCCUAAUUUAGAAACUGCUGAUACAGAAUAUGGAAAGCAUGAGUACUUUCAAAUGCCGAAAAAAGCCAGCAGUGAGUUGUCUCCAACCCAAACCGAGUUAGUUAGUUUGCAAUCUGAAACUCGUGAUUUUGUUCUAUCUGAAGAUCGUUACCGAUCCACAACAGAUAUUCAGAAAGAUACAAUGCUAAGACGGCAGUUCGUACAACAUGAACAUACACAUUUCGGAAACAGGCGAAAUCUCUAUGAGGAUUCAACAGUAGACUUUAAUGUGCACGCCCGUAGCUAUGAUAUAUUCACUAGUUCUCGAAGUCCCCGUAACGAGUCUAUAAUUGUAAAUUCCCCACUGAAAGACAGCCCAAACACACUGAAUGAAGAAAGAAAGCAGUAUAGCAGUUCACAUGCUUUCAUAGGCGUUGAUGAACUAUCCAGACAUGAAAAUGUCAUAGAUCCGCCAUCUCCUAGAGCUGACACGUUACAGCAAAUCAGCAUUACAUUUCCAAAUACACCACCGAUGACUCCACAUUCCAGCAAUGAACUGGUUCUAGAGAGAUUUGUGGGGGCCUACCAAGUCAAAGAUGUGGACAUUAGUAGAGAGACAUCGCUGAAAACUCACAGUUUAGUUUACGAAUGGAGAGUUUCUGGGCUCACACAAUGCACACAUUCGUGUGGUGGCGGAAUCCAGCAGACUGUGGUUGUCUGUGUGGACACUAUAACUCAGGCUGUUGUCACCGACGAGAAUUGUAGACACUUUCUGCGACCAAAGCUUUUGGCAGUUCCUUGUCACACCAGGCCUUGUUCAGCAGAAUGGGUUGCAGGACCCUGGUCGCCUUGCUCAGUAUCUUGUGGAACGGGAGAACAAUCAAGGAUUGUGGCGUGUCAGGCUAGGGUUUCGCCAACACUCAACAUGACAAUGCCUGGUUCCAGUUGCGAAGGCCAAGGCAACAUUCCGGACCUACAAACUUGUAGUAACGGUCCGUGCAGUUCCUGGCAGGUUGGAGCCUGGUCAAAUUGUUCAACUUGGUGCGGCGAUGGUCACAAGAGUAGAAGCAUCAGCUGCGUUGAUGCAAACGGCCAUAUCCUCUCUGACCACGUUUGUACCGAAAUCAAGCCCCAUUCCCAGGAGCCUUGUAGUUUAGGAGAAUGUGGACAGGGGUGGUUUUUCACUGAAUGGAGCCAGGAGUGUUCUUCAGAAUGCGGUGCAGGAGUGGUCAAGAGACAAGUGUUUUGUGCAAAUAAACUGGGCACAGCUGUACCAGAAAAGAGAUGCGAGAUUACCCAACGGCCACCAGCAUUUCAAAUCUGCCGCGCCAGUAAACUCUGUGGUGCUUUGUGGUAUACUGGCCAUUGGUCACAGUGUGACGUCACAUGUGGACCAGGAAGCAGAAGGAGACGCGUUGUUUGUGUCGAAGAGCUUUCACCCAGCGUCUUUGCAGUUGUAGAAGAGGGUAACUGCACUGACGUCAACAAACCAGCGGAGACAGAACCUUGCCAGUUAUCUCCGUGUGCGUCUGUAUGGUAUAUGACCUCGUGGAGUCGGUGCUCGAAAACUUGCGGCACGGGAUCUAGGACACGAGAAGUCCGGUGCCUUGAUCCAGACCAGAAUGAUGCUGAUGACUGUCCACUUGAAGCGCGACCCAGGACCAGAGAAUCGUGCAACACUCACAGCUGCCCUGAUUCUAAUAAAAUUCCUGAUUGCACAGACGGGUUCAAUCAGUGCACUGUAGUCAAGAGAGCUCGCUUAUGUCGCUACAAUUACUACAGGAGAAUGUGCUGCAAAUCUUGCGCUGAGUUUAUGUAA